AUGUACAGCUAUCUUGAGUUCGAAAAACCGAUCGCGGAUCUGGAAGGCCAGAUCCUCGAACUCAAGAAGCUGGCCGAGAGCGGAGAAGGGGCGGUCGAUGUCGCCGAGGAAAUCGCGCGGCUCGAAAAGCGCUCGCACGAGGCGCUGGUCGAAGCCUAUCGCAAGCUGACGCCCUGGCAGAAAGCGAUGGUCGCCCGGCACCCGGACCGGCCGCACUGCAUCGACUAUGUCGAUGCGCUUUUCACCGAAUUCACGCCGCUGGCCGGCGAUCGGAAUUUUGCCGAAGACCACGCGGUGAUGGCCGGGUUCGCGCGCUACCACGGGCAGCCCGUCGCGGUGAUCGGUCAGGAGAAGGGCAACGACACCAAGUCGCGCCUGAAACACAAUUUCGGCAUGGCCCGCCCGGAAGGCUAUCGCAAGGCUGUGCGGAUCAUGGAACUGGCCGAUCGGUUCGGCCUGCCGGUGAUCACGCUGGUCGAUACGGCGGGCGCCUAUCCGGGCAUCGGCGCCGAGGAGCGCGGACAGGCCGAGGCGAUCGCCCGAUCGACGGAAAAAUGCCUGAAUCUGCGGGUUCCGCUCGUGUCCGUCAUCAUCGGCGAGGGCGGCUCGGGCGGCGCGAUCGCCAUUGCCACGGCCAAUACCGUCCUGAUGCUCGAACACGCGAUCUAUUCGGUGAUCUCGCCGGAAGCCGGCGCGUCGAUCCUGUGGCGCGAUGCGGCCCGCGCCAAGGAUGUGGCCACGGCCAUGAAGAUCACCGCCCAGGACUUGCUCGAACUGAAGAUCAUCGAUGCGAUCAUAUCCGAACCGCUGGGCGGCGCGCAUCGCGAUGUGUCCGCCGUGAUGGCCGAAACCGACAGGCAUCUCACCAAGGCCAUGGCGGCGCUGGACGGCAAGGAUGGCGACACACUCAGGCGCCAGCGGCGCGAAAAGUUCCUGGCCAUCGGCCGGAACCUCUGA